AUGGAUCUAGAACACCAUGAUUUUAGGGAAUUGGCUGGGAAGUAUUCAUAUUUAAAGGAAUUUCUUGAUGAUGAUGGUCAUUAUGAUUUUAGACAUCCAGGAUUAUGUCAAUUGACAAAAGCCAUCUUGAAAGAAGAUCAUGACAUUGAUGUUGACUUCAGAAGUGAUAGAUUAUGCCCUACAAUUCCUAGUAGAUUAGAAUAUCUCAAAAUUAUCAACCAUGUUUUGAAAGAAUGCGGGAUUGAAGAGCCUAUCAGAGGUCUUGAUGUUGGUACAGGUGCCUAUGCUAUUUAUCCAAUAUUGGGGUACAAGAAGUAUGGUUGGACAAUGGCUGGAACUGAUAUAGAUUCAGAAUCAAUAGCCAAUGCUAAAUCUGUUUUGAAAUCAAAUAGAUUGAAUGAGGUUCUAGAUGUUAUUGAUGUUAGCGCUACCCCAGAUGAGUUUUUCCAAGAUGGGGACUACAAUUUUACAAUGUGUAAUCCACCUUUUUUCAAUUCAAGGGAUGAAAUGCUGGGAAAUUCAAGCUUUAAGGAAAAACUUUCAAGAGGUUCAGUUAUUGCUAGUGAUAAUGAAUUAGUUACAAUAGGUGGUGAAGCUGAAUUUGUAAAGAAAUUGAUUGAAAAAAGUGUUGGGUUUCCUGAAAUUGAUUGGUUUUCAUCAUUAUUGGGUAAAAAAUCAUCAAUUGAACCAUUAAUCACCGUGUUGAAUGAAAUUGGGAAUAAGAACUUCUUCAUUAAAGAUUAUCAACUAGGUAAUACUAAACGAUGGAUCUUAUUCUGGUCUUUUAGAUACAAAAGACCUAUUAUUGAGAAUGAUUAUAAAAAAAUUGACCCUACAAUUGUUAGAUUUGAUAUUGAUUUGGGAAAAAUUGAACAAUUAUUAAAAGAUUUACCAUUAAAAUUUCAAAAAUCUAAUGAUGAGAUAACCGUCACUACAAAUGGUGAUGUUUGGUCGAGAUCAUUUAGAAGAAAAAAGCAAAAACCAAAUGAACUUGAUAAAUCCAUUUUCAAAAUACGAAAACACUACAUUUAUUGGAAUUAUGGACCUUCAAUAAAGAUAUUUCAAAGUUUCCAUACAUACAUUAAAAAACAUUCAUGA